AUGAACAGCUUCUGCUCGAGCGCUGACAACGCGCAGCUCCAACUCCGCUCCUUCGUGUCGUUCGACGCUGACGACGACAUGGCGCAGCUCAUUCUGGAGGAACUGUCGUACAUGCGGCGCUCGUUCACGGGCGUAGCUGCUGAGAUCGCCUGCUCUCCGUCCAGCUCUUCGUCCGCAGGCCUCAAUGCCAUCUCGGAGGACGAGGAAGAGGACGAAGCGGCGUAG